GUGAGACAGACACCCCAGCGAAGUCAAAUGAGGCAUUCUCUGAAUUUUUUGACACACUGAGCUCAAAAGAUUCACCAUCCCCAUACGCAGACCGCAGCUUGAGAACCACUUCCCUACAGCAGGAAAAUUGAAUUCUAGUAGUCCUUGUGGACAUCUGGAACUAUUUUGCUUUUAUGAAAACGUAAUCGCGUCAAUAACAACUAUGCAUUAAUGAGAUACUGAAGAGAGAUAAAAAACAACUAAAAGGAUGAAUAGUGAAGAGGAAUUUUAUGAUGCUGUCACAGGCUUUGAUUCCGAUAAUUCUUCAGGAGAAUUUUCAGAAGCAGUUCACAAAGUUGAUGUGGAUGAUCACCAGAGUAACAGGACUGGAAAGCACAAUGGCGAUGGGCCAGUACAAGAGAACGGAAUCAAGAAACACAGAACAUCUUUACCUGCCUCAAUGUUUACUAGGAGUGAUUUCAGUGUCUGGAGUAUCUUAAAAAAAUGCAUUGGUUUGGAGCUGUCAAAAAUUACCAUGCCCAUUGCCUUCAAUGAACCCCUGAGCUUCCUUCAACGAAUAACAGAAUAUAUGGAGCACACAUACCUCAUUAAUAAAGCAAACUGUCAUUCUAACCCUCUAGAAAGAAUGCAGACUGUUGCUGCUUUUGCGGUGUCCGCUGUUGCCUCUCAGUGGGAGAGAACAGGCAAACCAUUCAACCCUCUCCUUGGAGAAACAUAUGAAUUAAUCAGGGAUGAUUUAGGUUUUAGGUUAAUUUCUGAACAGGUCAGUCAUCAUCCACCUAUCAGCGCAUUUUACUCUGAAGGCUUAAACCAGGACUUCAUUUUUCAUGGCUCAAUUUAUCCUAAAUUGAAGUUUUGGGGGAAGAGCGUAGAAGCAGAACCCCGGGGAACCAUAACAUUGGAAUUGAUAAAACAUCGUGAAGCUUACACUUGGACUAACCCUACCUGUUGUGUACAUAAUGUAAUUAUUGGCAAGCUCUGGAUAGAACAGUAUGGAACAGUAGAAAUCAUAAAUCACAGUACUGGAGAUAAAUGUAUUCUUAACUUUAAACCAUGUGGACUGUUCGGUAAAGAGCUUCACAGAAUAGAGGGCUACAUUCAAGACAAAAAUAAGAAGAAACUCUCAGUGGUCUAUGGGAAAUGGACAGAAUGUUUGUGGUGCGUUGACCCUUAUUCUUACGAAAACUACAAGAAGAACGAGAAGAAAGGUGGCGAUCAGAAGAAACCAAAGCCGAGAGAUGAACCUGAAAAUGAUGAAGCCGAUGAUAUGCCAGAGGUUCAAGAAACUGUGCAAGUUAUACCUGGCAGCAAGCUACUUUGGAGGAUAAGCUCAAGGCCAUCAAAUUCAUCACAGAUGUACAAUUUCACCAGUUUUGCUGUCACUCUCAAUGAAUUGGAGAAGGGCAUGGAAGAUAUAUUGGCUCCUACUGAUUGUCGGUUAAGACCAGACAUAAGGCAUAUGGAAAAUGGAGAGAUAGAUUUGGCAAGCAAAGAAAAAGAGAGGCUAGAAGAAAAGCAAAGAGCUGCUCGCAAGGAUCGUGCAAAAGAGGAAAUUGACUGGAGGACAAGAUGGUUUUACCAAGGCACUAAUCCAUAUACUGGGACUGCUGACUGGUUAUACACGGGAGGAUAUUUUGAUAGAAAUUUCUUUGACUGUCCGGAUAUCUAUUGAAAACCUUGAAUGCCGUUGCUGUUUUGCCCAGAAUUGGUAGACUUAAAUGAGUCCAGCGGCUAUUGGGCUAUGUCAUGACAAGAAAAUAAUAUAUUUUUCCUAAAGCAAUGAAAAUCAUCCAUCACUGAUCAAGGUUUUGUCAUGUACAUUUGCCAAAAUACUGAAGUGCUGUUUCUCAUUUUCCUGAAGCUGCAACAUGAAAUUAUGUAACGGGGAAAGAUGCAUGUUUUUGUUAGCUUCCUUCAAUUUAUCAUUUCAUGUUUUUGUUUUAUUUUAUUUUGGCCAGAAUUAACUCACUAUAACCAGUGGGAAAAUGGCUCCUUUCUUAAAAAGAGAAUAUAGGUACUUUUUAAAAAUAAAAUAAGAAUAAAUUAAAAGUAUUCAAAACUUGGAGGCCACAGAGACACCUUAGCCUAACAGAUAUGCUGCUAGUCCUAUUGGAAAAAGUUUCUAGCGAAAAUGCAGAGUGAUUCAAAAUUCAUACGAGUCUUUGAACACUCCUAACUUUUAAAAGUUUGACAACAUACAAUAAGAGAUAGACUUAAUUUUCAGGAGCGAUUUCUCCAUUUUGCCUCAGCCUCUGGGGACUGUGAUUUAUUGAUUCAAUGAAGUAUCUGUGAUUUUAUUUUUAAAAAAGGAACUACUCCAUUGAAUGUUGGGCUGGUUUGUAAGUGUGGAUAACAGCAAACUCUUGUGUGUUUGAAGUUGCAAAAUGUUUUGUCUUAAAACCCACUUUUGGAGAUAUUUAUAGGAACUUGGAUGUCAUGUAAAUAUCAUGUAAGAAAUCAUACUCCUUGCUUUGUUCAGAAAUGUUGUUUGUUUGCAGCUCUGCUUUGGGAGACUGAUUUUCCCAUUCAUUUCAUAAUACGGGCAUCCUUCUUCCUCUUUCAAUUUGCCUCGGAUACAUUCUGCAAAAGUUCAUAUUUAUUUUGGGCUUGUUUUUUCCAAAUCGCUUGGAUCACAACUGAUAACAGGUUUUUGAACAGCAGUUUCUUAGUCUGUCCAAUGCUGAGUGAUACAGUGGAAGCUUUUAAUGCAUCUGCCCUUGGUAGAAUUUCCUUGAGAAUAAGUGUAGGUUUUGCUAUUUUAACCAUGUCAAAAGUAUGUCAUUCUGGAGCCGUUUGGAUUGAGAGGGAAAGAAUAAUUUUCUUUUAUUUGUAACACGCAUUAAUGACAAUGUGUGUGGCUUUAUAAAUAAGUUAAUAUUUACUAAUUAUUAUUUACCAAAUUAGAGAUAAUUUACCUUGCUGUUAAAUGGUAAACCAUCAAGAGCAUAAUAAUUUAAAAGGGUCAGUGAAAAAAAUAUUAAGAGAUUGGAUUAUAGUCCCAUGAACAUUUGACACCGGAAUAUUUGAGUAUUUUUCAUUAAACUUCAAGCAAAAAAAAAUAAAAAUACUUGAAGCAAUAAAGUACACUUUUAAGAGAAUUGAUUUGGACAGGCACUAGUUAAUUCUAAAUUUUAUGUUCUUGAUUAUCUAAAUUUACUAAAUAUUGCAGCUUCAAAUUCGUUUAUUGUAUUAGGGCUUCAAAUUGCUUCAGUAGUCCCUCUCUUGAAAUCACUUGCAUCACAAUAGUCUCAUUGUAUUACAAUAUAUUGCCUCUCCUUCAUAAUGUUACCCAUGAAUCAGUGUGCAUUUUAUUGUUAAUAGAUUAAUUUAUCUAUUAUGUAUUGCAGUCCAAAACUCUGGGGCCCCUUCUGUUUUUUGGUAGGAACAGUGAAUAUUGGUUCCAGCAGUAAUUUUUGUGCUUUAUGCCCACAGAAUUUGGCUGUUUAUAUUGCUUAUAAUCCACUGAUUUCAGUAUCUGAACAAUAAGGCUAUACAAAGACCACCUAUCCACCUGGGUGGUGGUGAACAGAAAUAAAAGCAAGCCAACUAUACAAAUCUAUUAAGAAGCAGCUGUGAUGAGGUGCCUAUGAAUCAUAUGAUCAGCCCAUCAGUUGUUAUGAUAUUUCAAGCUCUAACUCCAGAAACAUGAAAAUAGGGGACAAUAGAAACUCACUUUUUCUCCCUUGAUUAAGUCACUAUCUCCUUUUAUUAAUAAAAGUUUUGGAAAGGGUCAAGCCAGGUGGUCUGUAUGCUUAAUUUAAGCAUGCAGACAAAUGCAGGUGGGUUGCAUUAAUAUUUUGAAGGAAUCACAUUAAUUUUUAAACUGGUUGGACUUUUUUUUUUUAAGAAGUGGCAAGGGAUGUUUCUAAAUUCCAAUUUGCUGUAAGAGGAAAAUGCGAUCUUUUAAGUUGAAAUUAAAAUUGUUUUAAAGGAAGAGUGAAUAUUUUUCAUUCACUUUUUGUAUAAUUACUCUCUACUGAAAAUACAUUUAUAUUAGAUUUUCGUGACUCAUCUUCUAUACCAACUAAGGCAUAUAUUUGUACUGUGUUUUCCCAACAAUAAGACCACCUUAUAUGAAAUAAGCGCUUGGCCUUAUUGCCAUGCACUCAAAAGUCCGAUUGGGCUUAUUAUCAGGGGAUGUCUUGUUUUGGGGGAAACAGGGUACUUAUAUGUUCAUGAUUUGGUGGCUGGCUGAGCCUUACGUUUCAAAAACGAUGUGAAAUUAAGACUGCAGAAAAUCUGUUGUCCAGUAGAAAUAGUGGGAGGCUAUUAACUUAGCUAAUUUGUUUCUCUGCAAAUGUCUGUUCUCCCACAUAGGUGUAUCUCAUUUCUAACCAACGGCAGGGUAUUAUACUAAAUGUAAUGCUUCAGAACAGAUUAGAAUUAAAACGCACACUAAAGUUUGAUGACUUAAAAGCUUUAAUUAUAUUGGGUUUUUUUUUCCUUAUGAAAAAAGAUAGUCAUUUAGAUUGUUUACAUUCUUACCUGCACUUAUUAUAAGCACCACCUUCACAACUUAAGCACUGCCUUACAUUUGACACUUCCAUGGGGGGGGAAAAGCACUUUUAAAAUAAAAAAAUAAUCAUGUUAAAUAUUAAGAUAGGUAUUAACUUAAAGCAGAUAUUUUUUUAUGUGAAAAGAAAAGUAGUUAUUUUCUUGGUGGCUUUCUUCCAUUGUGUUUACCUUGGUACCUUUGUUUUGAAUUAAGGCUCGUGCAUACGUUAGCUUAACUCCAGGCCAAUGGGUUGACACCCAAAACUUUUAUGUUUGCAGAUAGUGGUGUUCCGCUCACCCUUCAGCAUUGGGAAGAAUUCCACACCCACAUGAUGCCUCAUGCUAUAUCGCAACACCAGAGUCAAUAAAACUCUGUGGAUGAAUAGCUUUUCUUGCUGUGCCAUUAGGUUGACCUCACAAUAAAUGCAGUCUUUAUCAUAGCAAGAAAUAACCACAAAGAUUAACACUACUAGACCAUUUCUAGAAUAGCAUGACAGCAGCAGGCUAUGAAACGAAGAUGGGACUUCCCCAUUCCGAAACAAAUCCCGCAGGAAAACAUAACAUGUCCACAAACCUUUGCUAGUCUUCUUCGCUCUCUUCCCCCCAAAGCAACCUACAGAUGAGCAAUUAUUUUGACGUCACUUCAACAAAGAUGCUUGAUCGAUGGAACACUACUAAUUCAUUAAAUUCUCUGACAAGUGAGCAUUAACUGGAAAGGAUAGUUGGAAAAAAAAAUAGAACGAAAGAUAAGAAAUUCCUGCUUGGUAAUGAUUUGAUUUACAUUAUUAGCUUUUAUAUGUAAAGAGAAAUGGGUAGAAAUGGCACCUUUUUGAUAAGUUUGAUAAACCUAAUUUAAGUUUCUUACUACUGCACCUUGCAUACACUUUGGGGUAGAUCAAUACUUGAGUGUUUUCUCUUAGGCAUCUUUAAAAAUCUUUGGUCCUCAAAAGUAGGAUAUUAGACUAAAACCUUCAUAAGUUUUAAAGCAUAAGAUUAGAUCUAUUUUAGUAAGUUAAUAUACAAAUUCGUGAAUCAGUACCAUCUAGAAUUAGUUUCUGAAAGUUUUACUUUGAUUCUUAGAGUUCUUACCCAAAACGUAGCUUCAGAUUACUAACUGUUGAUACUCAGGUAGCCUGUAUUCCUGAAAAAGACGUCGUCGUAAUAAUAGUCCCAACAGUUCAGGUGCCUGUGUAGCUCUUCAGUUUUUCUAUGUUUGUUGUCUUCUGUGUAUUUUAAUGUGGCAAAUGUGGCUGUCCUCUUGAUGUCGUGUUUUUAAUUCUUCAUUUGAUAAUCUACUGUAACGUCAUUGCCUCUUUAAAAUCCUUAAGUGGUUUGGGUUUAAUUGUAAAGUAAAGCAAUAUUUAAAUGCCUCUGAAGCAAAUGGUUCUAACAAAAAUGAUUUUUAUGAUGUUUAUAGCAUGUGGGGGGAAAAAAAUAAAUAAAAAGCACACGCCCCAGUUACCAGCUCUUAAUUUCCCCAUUCAUUCUCCGCUGCUGUUGCUGCUACUGCUGUCCUGUUUUGUGUUUUUUAUUUUGCUGUUAAUAAUCCCUGUUAAUAAUAAGAAGAAAAGGACACGGCACAAUCCACCUAGAAUUUCUUGGAUCAAGCCUCAUUUGGGAUCCGUGGACUUGGAGAGAAGCAUCGCGCGGUGCCCUUCUGCAUUUUUAUGUAAGUUCCCAUGGGGCUUGUCCCAAAGAGUGCUUCCUGGCAGAAAUAUGCCGGCUGUGGUUUUUUUUUGCCUUAUCCAUGUUAUAUGAACCUGUUGGAGGAUAUUAAAAAUUAAAAAAAAAAAGGCUUUAGCGAAAUGGAUUUAUUUUUAUAAUAUUUAACAACUGUCAAUACCCAACUAUAUUAACUAUUACAAAUUCGUAUUUACCUUUUUAGAGAAGUCUGUACAGGUUUGUGGACAUAAAUGUUAAAAAAAAAAAGUGUCAAUGCAAAUAAAGGCUGUUUUGGAGAAGA